AUGCCGGCUGGACUAUCAAGUCUUCCACCUUCUUCAUUUGACUACAACAACUACAAAUCACCCGCGUUCAUGAUAAUCCACCGCGACCACCUCGACAGUACGCUGCCGAUUCUUCAUAUCAACAAUUUUAACAGCGAUGACAAUGAUAAUGACAAUUACAACAACGAGGACUGCAAGUACAACAAUAAAAAGAGUUACUUGGCAGAAAUAAAAAAUGAGAAGAAUAAUUUUUUAUCGCGAAAGCGCAUCAGCAAGUCAAACGACCACUUAGUUCUCGCGAACUUGCAAAACAAUCAAGUUAAUCCGCUGAAGAAGAAACAAGUCGCUAAAAGUCAUGACCAGCUUGUCAAUAAUGAUGACAAAAAGCCGAACGAUUUAUCUUCGGGAUUAAUCGGGAAUAAAUUGCCGAUGAAUUUGACGACUGAAGAUUUUAGCGAAGUACUGACGGAUAAAUUUAAGGACAAUGAUCGGCAAUUGAUUUCUUCUAGCAAAAGUAGCAAUAAAACUGUUAACUGUAACAAUAAUAAUAAUAAUAAUAAUAAUAUUAAUGUAAUUAAUAAUAAUAAUAAACAGUCUCCACAAAAGAAACCGUUCAUAACAACAGUAAAGACAGGAGAAUUUUUACUACCGCCCCCAGAAGUAGCCUCGCUUCUUGGAAUGGCCCCAAAUGGCUCCUGGAUCGGUCACGACCUGGAUGACACACACGAGGGUCUUCCACGCUCCAGGUUCCGGCCGUUUGUUUUCCGUGGUAAGCGCCCGGAAGUACGUCACAGCAGUCACAAUGCUAGGUGUCCUGCGGCCCUUAAGGCUACUGUUGACUUUCCCGUAAAUGUUGUAAAUUCUUCGGGCGUCACUGCCUCGACCUUGGCUAAUGAAGUACGCUCUCGAAAAGCUCUUAACAACAAGCUUUCUGACACCGAUCUUCCAUGGACAUCACAAGCGUUACCCAAAAAGCUGGAGCCUUUAAAAAACACAAUGCACGUGAUUUUAAAUAACGAUGGAGAUCAAUCACUUCCCUUUGCGAAUAUUAUGUUCGAUAGACGUGUUGUGCGUGGUAGCACAUACGCUUCAGCUUCAAAUAUCGCCGACUGUGAACAAUCUGAAGCAGCUAGGCAAGCUGAGGCAAGAAGAAAACAAAUUUAUAAAAAAAGAGCUCAAAUUCAAGCUACCAGGUCCAUGAUGAUGAGGAUUUCUUCACCUCCUCCAGUUCCUGGAAGAAAACAUGAACCUGUUCAAACGGAUUUAUACCUUGAAGAAUUGCUUGAAAAGCCUCAAGAGUCAGAAGCUGCUACACAAACAGAUUAUUUCUUGGACAGGCCAUCAACACCUCUGCAUUGUCCCGUCCUGGUAGGAAAGACGAUAGAGCAGGCCCUGAUAGAAGUCCUGGAAGAAGAGGAACUCGCUGCUCUGAAAGAGCAGCAAAGAAGAUUCCGCGAAUUAAGAGGGACGGAGAAAGUCGAGAAGCUAAGGCUCGAAGAACAGGAGCGGAGACUCAGAGAAGAAAAGGAACAACGACUAAAGCAGCACGAAGAAGCUUUGAAGAUCCAAGAAGAAACGGAAGAACGCGUAGCAGCUGCUGUUUUAUUGACCGGCUACGUAGCCGAGCUAUUGCCAAGUGUAUUAGACAGAUUAAAAAUAUCCGGAUAUUUAUUACAGGAAAUAAAAGAAGAAACGGAAGAGAGAGAAGGUUUUAUGCCCUUGCUCGUCAGUGAGGUAAAGAAAGAAGUGGGCACAAUGGUCGACAGCACAGAAUUACUCGAAGACAUUAUCAAAGAAAUUCUUAAAAAUAAAGCCGAAGUUUACCAAAAACAAGCCGAAGACUACGAGGAAGAAAGUAUCAGAUCACCAGUAACUCCAAAAAACAGCGAAAAUGAAGAAAUAAAUGAAGAAGAAGAAAGCAAUAACGAUUCAAACGGUGAAAAUUUGGCCACUCACGAAUCAAUGUUAACUGAGGAUCCUGAGGACCAAUAG